AAUGGAAGAGUGUAUACGUUUUUGGAGGCAGGGCCACCUGUUCCCUUUAUAAGCGCGCCGGCGCCUGGUAAUGCUGCAGUUUCCAGCUGGUGAUCCCGUUGAGAGGUUAGAAAUCAUGAUGUUACUUGUAGUUGCUUCCCUGUGUUUGGCAUCGGUAUUUGCUCUUCCUGUACACGACCCAGCUUUGGAUGAAACAUGGAACUUAUUUACUACACUCUUUAAUAAAAAAUAUCAAAAGGAUGAUAGUACAUGGAGAAGGUUGGUAUUCGAGGAUAAUUAUAGGAAAAUUGUAACUCACAAUAUGGAAUCUGCUGCAGGAAAACACACUUACACCCUUGGCAUGAACCAUUUUGGCGACAUGACUACAGAAGAAUUUAAACAGCUGAUGACUGGCUACAAACUGAAACAGAACAAGACACGAGGUGCAACAUUCCUGACACCAAAUAACUUUGAGGCUCCAAAACAAGUUGACUGGCGUGAAAAAGGCUACGUGACUCCAGUAAAAGAUCAGGGUAAUUGUGGUUCAUGCUGGGCUUUCAGUGCAACUGGUUCUUUGGAAGGUCAACACUUCAGGAAGACUGGGAAGCUUGUGUCCCUGAGUGAGCAAAAUCUUGUGGACUGCUCUGCAGCAGAAGGCAAUCAGGGUUGCAAUGGAGGGAUGAUGGAAAAUGCCUUUCAAUACGUUCUUGACAAUAAGGGCAUCGAUUCUGAGGAGUCAUAUCCAUAUGUUGCUAAGGAUCAAGACUGCAAAUAUGAUCCAGCCAACAUGGCUGCCAAUGACACAGGCUUUAUGAAUAUUGACUCUGGGGAUGAGAAGGCUCUAAUGAAAGCUGUGGCAUCAGUUGGUCCAAUCUCUGUAGCCAUUGAUGCUGGACAUCAAUCAUUCCAGUUCUAUAAAGAAGGAAUUUACUAUGACCCUGAAUGCAGCAGUAAAAACCUAGACCAUGGUGUUCUGCUUGUUGGCUAUGGAUUUGAAGGAGAGGAUGUAGAUGGCAAGAAAUACUGGAUUGUUAAAAACAGCUGGGCUGAGGCGUGGGGAAACAAAGGAUACAUCUACAUUGCAAGAGACAAGGAGAAUCAUUGUGGAAUUGCUACAGAUGCCAGCUAUCCUUUAGUUUAACUUGAUGGGAGCCAAUGAAGAUUUUUGAUAUAAAACCAAAUGCUGCGAAAUCAUGAUUACUCUUCUGGUGACCUCACAUCUAAGCUGGACUACUAGUUUUAAUUUUGGUGUUAAUGUUUUUUUUUAAUGUGUUUUUAAAAUAAAACCUGUUUUUUACUCAA